CAGCGCUCACUUAUGGAGGCGAAUGAAACGUGCGCUGUCAUUACUGUGCGCUCUCUGCUCGGAAUAUCCGCGAUUAGACUCGGACGGCUUUGUGCCGAACCCGAAAGACGGUUAAUUCUUUUAGACCACCAAGUUGGAUUGAUGGACAGGUCCCGCUCGUGUGUGUCUGUCUCCGGGACCACGUCCGACACCAGCCAGAGAGGACAAUAAUUUAAUAAAUGUCGCUUUACCGCCUGGCGGUUGUCGCCAGCUCUUCAGGACCUACGGACGUCCACGCUGCAGGUCGCUCUGUGCCCAAAUCAGCGCUUCCACCCUUGUUCCCGCACACCCCCCCUCCAUCUUCGGCACCAUGUUUUAGUGAGACUUGGGCUGUUACCGAAUCCUCACUCCGUACUGUAUAUGUUCCCCACAAAUAUAUAUAUACUGUAUGUUACACAUCACCACAGAGUACAAGUGUCCUUUGGACAACAUCAGGAAGAGUGCUGUAGUGGCCUCCUCUCCUUCCUCUACGAGGAAAUAAUCCAAAUCACUUCUCAGGACGUACCAAAAACACUAAUUCAGGAUUUUUUAAAAAGUCUUUUUAAAUAAACAAUCCAAUUCCAGAAGAAAAAAAAAAAAUUUUCAAGUGCGCGCACAGACAUGAGCUCAGACAGCUUUCAGUACCGUGCACUGUAUGAGUACAAGCGAGAGAGAGGAGACGACAUCUCGCUGCAGCCCGGAGACCUCCUUACUGUCAGCAAGCUAGCAAUUCUGACACCAGACUACCAGGAGGGCGAUGAGAAAACCCCCACGGGCUGGCUCCAUGGCACAAACGAGCGCACCAAGGAGAAAGGCGACUUCCCGGGGACGUUCGUGGAAUACGUGGGGCUUGUCCGUGUAGGCCUUUCUGCAGGAAAACCCUGGCCUAGACCUGUUCCCCCAACACCUGGUGGACCCCAAACACCUGUAGGACCCCAGCCUCCAGGAGCCUGUGCUUCAGGGGGCUGUGGGUUGGGGGAUUCUCUGGAGCAGUGUACCGUGCCGGACCAGGCCCCAGCUGUGGUGCUCAGACUCACUGAGGCGCUAGAGAGACCGGGCUGGGAAAAUGAGCAUCUCCACAGAACCCUGUUAGCUUCCAGUGCACCGAUUGAACUACAACAGGCUCUGGACACAGACCCCGCCGCAGUGGAGUGUGAGCAGUAUGACUUGGCCGUGUUGGCCGAUACUCUCAGGGCUUACCUGCAGGAGCUGCCAUGUCCCAUCAUCCCAUCUGUGCUCUACAGUGAGCUGGUCUACACUGCUCAGGAAACAGCAGGUCUGGAGGAUUGUGGUCAGCAGCUGAAGAGGAUCCUGGACUCGCCCAGCAUGCCACAAUCGAACCACCAGCUUCUGGUCUAUCUGACCCACCACCUCAGCAAAGUGACUCAGAGUGGAGGAGCUGCUCAGGAGAGCGCCAGGGUUCUGGCUCAGGCCUACAGCGAGCUGGUCUUUAAUCACAGCCAAUUCAGUGCCGAUGUGAACCCCGAGCAUCACGUGAAGAUUCUGGAAGCCCUCAUUGUUGUUGGAGGCCUGACUGAGAUGCAAGCUGCCCCAGCUCUUCCUCCGAAGCCGGCCAAACCCAUGACUCCUGUGAACAGUAACGGCGUGAAGGAGGCACCAAGCAGCUCUUUGCAGGAAGCCGAAUGGUACUGGGGAGACAUAUCCAGGGAAGAAGUAAACGACAAACUCCGAGACAUGCCAGACGGGACCUUUCUGGUCCGGGACGCCUCGACUAAAAUGCAGGGAGACUACACGCUAACUUUAAGAAAAGGCGGGAACAAUAAGCUAAUCAAGAUCUACCACCGGGACGGCAAAUACGGUUUCUCAGACCCGCUGACCUUCAGCUCGGUGGUGGAGCUCAUCAGUCACUACAGACACGAGUCCCUGGCUCAGUACAACACCAAACUGGACGUCAAGCUCAUGUACCCCAUCUCCCGCUACCAGCAGGAUCAGCUGGUAAAAGAAGACAACAUUGAUGCUGUGGGGAAGAAACUCCAGGAAUAUCACAAUCAAUAUCAGGAAAAGAGCAAAGAGUACGACCGGCUGUAUGACGAGUAUACGAAGACGUCGCAGGAGAUUCAGAUGAAGCGCACGGCAAUAGAAGCCUUCAACGAGACCAUCAAGAUAUUCGAAGAGCAGUGUCACACGCAGGAGCGCUACAGCAAGGAAUAUAUCGAGCGCUUCCGCCGAGAGGGCAACGACAAGGAGAUCGAAAGGAUAAUGAUGAACUACGCCAAACUCAAAUCGCGACUAGGGGAAAUCCACGAAAGCAAAAUCCGCCUAGAGCAGGACCUAAAGACACAAGCUCUGGACAACAGGGAGACGGAUAAAAAGAUGAACAGCUUAAAGCCAGACCUUAUCCAGCUGAGGAAAAUCCGAGAUCAAUAUCUUGUCUGGCUCAAUCACAAAGGCGUACGUCAGAAACGAAUAAAUGACUGGCUGGGCAUCAAAAAUGAGAACACAGAUGAUACUUACUUUGUGAGCGAAGAGGACGAGAACCUGCCACACUACGAUGAGAAGAGUUGGUUCGUCGGGGACCUGAACAGGACGCAGGCCGAGGAUCUUCUACUGGGCAUGCCAGAUGGAGCUUUCCUCAUCCGGGAGAGCAGCAAGAAGGGCUGUUACGCCUGCUCUGUAGUUGUGGACGGAGAAGUAAAGCACUGUGUGAUCUACAGCACGCCGCGUGGUUACGGCUUCGCUGAGCCAUACAACCUGUACAGCACUCUGAAAGACCUUGUUCUGCACUAUCACCAGACCUCACUGGUCCAGCACAACGACUCGCUCAACGUGCGCCUGGCCUACCCCGUCUACGCACAGAUACCCUCGGGCCCCCGCAGAUGAGGCCCCGCCCACUCCAACACAUAUACACAUACAGACAGACAGACAGACACAAGACACAUGUCUGUCUACAAAUAACACGAAAAACACUUGCUGCAACUCUCUCUCUCACACACACACACACACACACACACACAUGAACGACAGCCACCUUCGGAGUUCUAUAUUUUUACUAGAACAAUUUGGAGGGCAUUCUUUCUAAAGACUGCUUGAUUUGCACAAGGAAGUUUUAAAUGUUUGUGAAUGUGAAAAAAAAAAGAAAAAAAAAAAGACAGAAGGAAGCAGAAGAGGCGAGUUUCAGGUGACCCACGCUGCUACCUAAACUCCAGCUGGGACUUUUUAUGUGCUUCAAGAUUUAAAGCUUUUUUCUUUUUUGUUUUUGGUCCUUUUUUUUUUUUUUUUUUUCUUCAUUGUCAUUCAUUUGUAAAAAAUUUUUUUUUAUUUCUUUCUCUUCUCCCAACCUCCUUUACAAAGUGCAAGGCAGGAAAAUGUUUUUGUUUCGUCUCUCUCUUUCCCUCUGUUUCUUUUUCUUUCUUUCUUUCCCGUCUCUCUCUCUCUCUCUUUUGUGUGUAUGCUGAAAAGGCAAAUGUAUGUAGCAAACAGACGCCUGACACUUUCCAGAGUGUUUCUCACAGUAACUGCUGCUGAACAAGGGAUUGCGGGAGGGAACGGAGCAGGACAGGGGGGGUAACGGGUGGGCUUUGGGGAGACAAGCUGAAAGGGCACAAGUGAAAAUAUAUCAUAGUCUUAAACUACACAAGCUUGCUAUUAUUUUUUAGAGGGGAGCUGUUUUUUUUUUUUUUUUUUGGGGGGGGGGAUUAUUAUUAUUUGCUUUUCUUGCUGGAUUUGAUCUUUUUUUUUUUUUUUUUUUAAGAAUAAUUUUUUCUGAGCAGUAAUGGUGUUACAGUCCAGUGCAGAGACCAAAGCUAGCAUAGCAAAGAAGUCCCUUUAUUAUUAUGAUGAUGAUGAUGAUUAUUAUUAUUAUUAUUAUUGUUUCUUCUGUUCAUUUGUUGAAUACGAACGAGAGUGUUAUUUCACCCUAAAACCUAAGACUCGGUAACUAAAGCUCCAGACAGAAAUAAAGCUUCUAAAGUUCUUGACUGGAUUUUUUUUUUUUAUUAUUAUUAUUAUUUAUUAUUUUUCCCCCCUCUCUUCUUUUAAUAAAAAAAUUCUUAUUGACACAUUUUUGAAAUGACUUUUAGAAUCGCAAGCAGUGAAAAGAAUUUUAUUGGAAAAAAAUAAAUAAAUAAUAAAGCCAGUCAAGGAAAUGGCUGUCGUGUGCAGCUCUAGUUAUUAAGUCUGAAUAGGUUUUAGGGAAAAAUGUCACUCCUGUUAAAGCCUAUGCUAAUAAAUCAUGAACCACACAUGAAAUAGUGUUGGCGUGUGUGUGUACUUGAAGUGAGGACAAGCUCGGUUUUGAGCACUUAAGCAUUAACACUCUUUGAUGUGUGGUUGUUAAAAUGACACAAUCUCUGAAAGACAAAAUGUUGACUUAUUCAGUGAACGAGAAGCAGAAGCGAUCGGUUAGAAGCAGCAAGUCAUGAGAUUUCAUUUAGAUGAGAACAGAAACGACGACGUGGAGUGCAGCCCUACACGUGUUUUGAUAGCAGAGAUAAGCUCUGCCGCGCCGAUUAGCAAUGAUCACGUGCACCAGGACCACGUAUAAGGAGAAGAAAAAACAAUCAUCUUCUUCUCUACCUGGUGUUUCUUACAACUAGUGACUGCUUUCACUGUUUAAAAGAAAAAGAAGAAAAAAGUCAACUUUGGAUCACUUGGCUACUCUUUAAUGUUCAUGUCGCACAAUUAAACCUUUCCAGAACUCAGAUGACGUCACAGCGAACAGAAAUGCACAAGUGGUUACACGGGCCACGUGACUUCUUCUCAUUCGCACUGGACUCUCUCUUUCUCUCUCUCUGCUGCUCGUUCCUGAUUAAGUUUGUUUCGUCCAUGCUCCUCUUUCAAAGCUCGAUCCUAAAAGCCUGGCACUUGAUUGCUUUUUGAUGUCAAUUCUCUUUCUCUCUCUCACACACACCGCAUGGGCAGCUGAAGGAGCGUAACGUUGCUUAUUCCUCCUUUAUAAACUCUAUGCAUUAUGUCCACCUCCGUGUCGCACUCUCUCCUCUGCGUAUAUAUUAUAUAUUGUACUCCGCACCAGAGACGUUUACGUACAAAAACCCACACGUACAGAUGCACAGUCAGUCAGUAUUCCUGUAUUCACGUCUGUCAGACCAGGAGUCAGUGGUCAUUCCGAUCAAGGAUCAGCCCAUCGAGUUCCGCGCGCUCUAUCUGUCUUCCCUCUUCACGUACGGCUUCGAGAAAACAAAAGAAAAAAAAAAACGCGUCCAAGUCCCUGAUAAAAGCCACGUGUCCUCACAGCUUGUGACCAGACAGUGAAGGAUUUUUUUUUCCUUUCUCUUCUCUGUCCUCUGCAUUACAGCCUCGUAUUGAUCUGUCUAUCUGCAUCGACCCCCACAUGACCGCGUGAGGGCUGUAAGUGCUGAGGAACGAGCCGCGCUCGAGCGAUACUGGGAAAGCUGGGGAAUGACCCAGGUCUCCACGUGAAACUCUGUAUCUCCAGACAUCCACUUUUCAACGCCGUUCCCGACAAAUACUUGAUUUCCUCUUCUGCACUAUUGACACCCCGGACGCACGGCGGGAAAAAAAACGCAGCUCACGUGCACGGGGUCGGCUUUUACGACUAUUAUAGAUCAAAGAUUCUAUUUAGCGUCUUGUGUUUUAUUUUUUUCAAAGAUGCAGAUUGUUUGUCUAACCUGGGCCACUGACGGGUCCUCUCUCUAUUACUUGAACUAUUGCAUUGCUCACUGUUGAAUGUCUUUAUAAUGCAUAUAUACAAAUAUAUUAAAGAAGAGGAAAUCCCUUUCUACGACAGCCGAGUCUAUGUAAAACGCAUUUAUUCAAAGACACAAACUUCGAGUGUUGGUUGUUCUCUUAAAGGGGUUUUGCUUUAACUGAAAUUUUACGACUGUUUAUUGGAUCCUGCUGUCCAAUGUUGCACACAUCAUGUUGAAGAGACUUUAUAGAACAACGUUACAAACCUGGCGACACAGUGAGAGAUUUUUUUUUUCUUUUUCUGUGUGUCUCGUACAACUUCGUCACGUUCGGACAUUUAUUGAACAAUUGUUAAGGCUGAGUUGUAAAUUUUUUUUAAUUUUUUUUUCAAUUUCUGGCAUUGAGACCAAAGAUUUUAGUUACUUUUUUUUUUUUUUUCUUCAAGUGUUUGUUUUUUGAGUGAAUGCAUAGUUUUUUUCUUGCUUUAAUGAAAACCCAAGGUGAUGUACUGGUUGGGUAUUCUUGAUAUUAUUAUUAUUAUAAUUAUUAUUAUUAUUGUCGUUCGUAUACUCGGACUAUUCAAGAAUCUUUAAGUCAAGAAAAAAACUUGUAAUUUUUUUUGUUCCCCCCCCAGCACCAUCGUAGAAAGUGCUUGAAUGGUGUAGUGUGCCAUCAGUGUUCUCAUUUCGACCGACUGCUCACUGACACGUGUCGCGUAACGUAAGGCAACGUCACGCCUACCGAAAUCCUGUUCUUCGUUCUUUUUCUCACGUUCGUACAAAGCCGGGGUCUUGCUGGAGCCCUGGAUUUGUCUCUCCUUUGCUCAUUUGUACAGAGAGAAACGCAAACUAGUGCACCUAGCAAUUUGUGGUUUGUCUAACAGAAAGAAAGAAACAAUGUGAUCAUCAUUCUCUGCAGGGCAGAAAAGCGGUGGGGUUCGUCAGCACCCUUUGUUCACACACGCCACAAAGCAUGCAAUAUUUCCUUUUGUUUUUAUUUUAUAAUUUUUUUUUUUUUUCAAUUUCUUUCAAAAAGGUUUCAGGGACAAAAACAAGCAUUGCAUUGGGGGGUUUCGUAUGAAGGACAUGUUUACCAGAGGGGGAAACAAACAAACAAACAAACAAAAAAAAACGUCUGUGCGUUUUUUUUUCUUCCCCUUUAUUAAGACGUGGGAUGGGGAUUUGUCGGGGUGGGAAAAGCGCAACUAAACACAGCUAAAGAAAGAUUAAAAAAACAGUAACGGUGCAUUACUUCGAAAGCUCAAAGGGUUUGGGCAUGAACCAAAACCUCUCCACUCACCUCGAACCGUCCGAGUUGUGAUCCGAUUCAUCAGGCUUCGGUUAUUUCAAGACUGUUAACGCCACAACGUACGAUACUCUCGCCCUUUUGUGCAGCUCUGCAAAGUUUUAUUUGCAGUUGGGUUCGAAUAUGUCGUGAUUCUCAUCGGGAGUCUUUUAUGUUCUUACCACUACUGUCACAUCAUGACACCCAGCACAGCUUAAUGGAGUAAAGCUUCUUAUAUUUAAAUGAUUUUAAAAAAUAAAGGAAAAAAAUGUAAACGUGUAAAAAAAAAAAAAAAAAAAUGUAAAAAAAAAAAAAGUUUUAAAAGAUUUUUAAAAAAAACAACCCACUUUCCCUCCCACUUUGACAUACGUACAAACCCAGCAUGCUUCUUUGGUACUCUUGACUGUUGUUUUGUGUAAAAAAGAAAAAAAAAACUAAACAAAAAAAAAAAGAUGUUGAACCAACUGUUAUUUGUCUGUUUAUGGUGUAGUCAGAUAUACAUUUUGAUAUCGCUUAUUAAAACACUGCUUUUUCAGCUGAAAUAAGUUUGAACCCUGUGUUUCAGUGGACAACGCAAAUAUGAUAUUGUUCCUAAAUACUGAGAACGAGGGGUCGCGUCAGCAAUAGCAAACCUGCCACUGGGUUGCACAGGAAUUCAUCCAUACGUCACUGGAUUCCCACAAAGUGUCUCCUGAUAAUCUCUUGAAACAGCACCAGUUGAAUUCGAUACACACACACACUCCAGUGUAUAUUUGCCCGACACCAGCAGAUACAGUAUGUCCAGUCUCAGCUUGAGCAAUAAGCCGUCGGCCCUGAAAUCAGCUGAAAAUCUCUCCAUUCAAACGGAAAUCUGAGAGCAUGCACCAAACUCCAAUCUCUCCUGCACUACCUACACAUGCGCUUUUUUUAUUAUUAUUAUUAUCAUCAUUAUUUUUGAUUUUACUCAGUCACAUCUCGUUAGGUCUGGAAAAAAAAAAGAGUAGAAAUCGUCCUCUUUCUCAGUAUUUGGAUAUCAUCCUUGCUACAGGCUUAUUGAUACUCCUCAGUUGUUUUCCACCAUAUUUUCUCGUAUCUGUUACGAUAGUUUGUAUUGGUUGUAGACUUUCCAUUUGUUAUGAAAUGAACUCAUGUAUAUUCUCAAUGGAUCUCCACCAUAUUCAUUUCUCUUGCGGAAUAAAGAAAAUAUUUUUGUCCAAGUU